GAAAGCGUGGAAAAAUGCGAACCUAUGAUGCUAUUUUCUGAAAAGAUGUCCGCAGCUAUUGGUUCUGAAAGUGAAGAGAGAAACCCAGCUGAUUCUUUCAAAAAUAUAAUGAACACGGUAAUCAUUUCUCAGUCUUCAUUAAAUGAUGGUGAAAUUGACAACGCUUCCAAAGAGUUCUCAUCAGAGACAAGAUCAGAUGCCUCUAAGGUGGACACUUCCAGUCACGAGAUGCGGAGACAGAAUCUGUUAGAGGAAAGCCCGGAGCUCCUGUUCACACAGAAAGAGGGAUACAAUGUUCUGGGCGAUUCAAAUCUAGCAGCAUCCUCUAUGGUAAGUCUGGGAGUAGACUCUGCUCAGCCAUCGUCCAUGGGCGAAUAUUCAGAUGGUGCAUCAGACAUAUCAGAAGUGUCUUCUGUUCAUACAAGUGACUUGUCGUCAUUUGACGACGAUGAUGAUGAGGGGGAGGAGGCAGAGGAAACAAAGAAGAUGACAGAAAAGAGAGAACUGGAAGAUGAGGGUGACACAGAAAGGGAAAGCGUGUUCCAGAGUGAGCAGAAUUCUGAUUCAGCACCAAGGCGCCGCUCGACAAGGAUCAGUUCACGGAGAAGCACAAAGGAAGGUGAAAGUGAAACAUCAGAGGGUGAAACCACCAAAGAAGAACGCACAAGUUCUCAUAAACGAAGGCAUGGUGGCAAGAAGAGAAAACCUUCCUCUGAGAGUAAAAAAGUUCGAAGUGUAUCUGAUGUUGAUAAACCCCGGAGAAGAGGACGACCUCGGAAAGAUGAAAGACGUGUGAGUGGUCAAUCUGUAAGCCAGUUCAGGCAUUCUAGAAUGCGCUAUCGUGAAGAUAGCGGUGCAACAACUGACAGGGGUGAAAGUGAUUCUAAAGAAUCUAGAAGCACGCGAUCUCAAAGACAGAUCAAACGAACUCGGUGUUACUCGCCCAGCAGUGAAGGGACAAGAGAGGUGUUUUUGCCGCGUAAACGAAGCCGAGAUGAUGUAAAUCAGCUUAGUAGCAUUUGAGAAGGAUUUGUCGAAACCUAUACACGUCAUUGUAGGAUUAUUCUGAUACUUAGUUCUUUCUAGCCUCAUAGGAUUAAGAAAGUCGAAACUGUCUAAAAGGACUCCUGCUAUUGGGAAGCUACACGUAUAAAAUGAAUUGGUAUAAGAAAUUGCCCAUUUCAGUGCAGAAUCCAUUGACUAUAGACCACUUUCAUAAAUG